CCUCUAUAAAGUUCCCUAGCGCCACGCCUAUCUGAACUUCUUGUCUCAUCCAUCAUCUUCUUUCUCAACUUGCCAUCUGCCUCAUCAUCUUUUUAGUGAUCAUCGACUUCAUCAUCGCCAGCCUUCAACAUCCUCGGCAAUGGCUAUUCUAAACUCAGCGGCUUUCGAGACGCCCUUUACGAGCGAGACACUCAUCCGCGUCAGGACCGGUAAGAUUAAAAGCAUCCCCGGCACGGAGAUUAAGAGCGCGAUCAAUAAGACGAUACGGCAGGGACGCGUCUUCAUCAGCAAACACGGGGUGCAAGACGACGAGCAAGAGUUCGAGCGGCACGGCGGCCCCGACAAGGCAGUAAUGCAGUACUGCAGGCGGCACUAUGCUGACCGGGCCGCCGAGCUGCCCCAGAGCGCGCCGUUCUUCAAAGAAGGCGGGUUCGGGGAGAAUUUUGUCGGCGUCGUCGCCAACGAGCGCAACAUCUGCAUCGGCGAUGUCGUUGCCGUUGGUGACAACAACGUCUUGCUUCAGGUCAGCCUUCCGCGCGCGCCGUGCUACAAGCUCAACCACCGCUUCCAGCACGAGAACAUGAGCCGGCUUAGCCAAGAGUCCAGCAGGAUGGGCUGGUACUAUCGCGUUCUUCGAGAGGGGUUUGUCCAGCAAGGCGAUGCCAUGCGUCUCGUUGAGCGGCCCAAUCCGAAAUGGACCGUUUUCGCUGUCCAGCAGUAUAUGCAUCGCGAAAAGUCCAACCAGGAAGCGAUGCGCGAGCUCGUGGCACUGAAAGAGCUGGGAGAGGAAGCGCGGAACCUGUUCGCCAACCGCCUCGCGAAGAAGAUGGAAAGCGAGGAGCAUCGGCUCAAAGGCGGGGCAGAAGACGCUCUUGAGACUUGGGCUGAGUAUAGUGUGGUCAUCAAGCGAAAGGAAACCUCUCGCAUCAUGUCGUUCGUUUUUGAAGCCGUUGACAGUGCUCGUAGCGAGCAAGACGUCCUUCCAGGCUCCCAUGUGCGGGUUAAGCUGGGAAACCUCAUCCGCUCGUACUCAAUCGUCGCGGGCAGCCCCUCCAGGCUGGAACUGGGCGUUGCUCUCGAAGAAUCCAGUCGCGGCGGGUCCACGUAUCUCCACGACAAUGUCGAAGAGGGAGACAGCCUCACCAUCGGGAAAGUUACAGAGAGUUUUCCGUUCGAGACCAGCGCCGCAAAACACGUCAUGAUUGCCGGCGGCAUUGGCAUCACGGCCUUCAUUGCUGCAGCACAGAAGCUCAAAGACCAGAGUACGCCAUGGGAGUUGCAUCUCUGCGUCCGCUCCGCAGCAGACGUCCCUUUCCGCCGGUAUCUGGAUCCGCUCGGCGCCAACCUGAAGAUCUACAGCAAAGCCGACAGCCAGCGCCUCGACAUCGGCAAGCUGCUCGGUGCUCAGACCUCGGAGACGCACAUCUACUGCUGCGGCCCGGAACGCCUGAUGCAAGCCGUGACCGACACGGCCAAAAUGCUCAGCUUCCCGUCCUCAAACCUGCAUUUCGAGGCCUUUACGACGACGCUGACCGGCGACCCCUUCGAAGUCGGCUUGAAGAGGUCCGGAAAAUGCUUGAGCGUGCCGUCUAGUGAGGUGCUGCUGGACGUACUGCGCGACGCGGGGCUGGACGUGCCGUCGUCGUGCGAGGCGGGCAAUUGCGGGACGUGCAAGGUCAGGGUCGUUGCGGGGAGGGUGGAGCAUCGCGGGACGGCGCUUUCGGAGAACGAAAAGAAGGGCGAAAUGCUGAGUUGUGUUUCGAGAGGCGUGGGGAGGAUUGAGCUGGAUUUGUGAGGGAGGAGUAUGGUGGACGCCGCGGUAGAUUGGUUUUUGGUUGCUGCCGUCUUCCGGGUAGCUGUCGCUUAAUUUUUUAUGGUAGAUGGUACAUGUCCAACAGUUUUCUUCCUCGCACAUCAAAAGACGAAGACAUGAGAGUUAUGGAAAGAGAAGAUGACGGGCAUUGGAAAGAAAUAAUUGAUCCAGGCUCACAUGGAGAGGAGAUGUCGAGUUGAAAGAAUCCGGCCUCUAAGGGCUUUCUAGUUUGUUUUUUAUUUGUUUUGAUUACUUUAUUUAUUAUGAUUAUUCAUUCAGGUAUUCAU